AUGAAUUUGAAUGAAACUUUUUUGACAGAAAAAAAAUUAAAUGAAUUACAAGAAAAUAUAGAUGCAGUUUUUUUAGUGACAAAUGCAACUUUUAUUUGCCUCAUGCAAUGUGGUUUUGCAUGUCUUGAAGCUGGCUCAAUAAGAUCUAAAAAUGUGACAAAUAUAAUGAUGAAAAACAUAUUAGAUAUUUUUAUUAGUUGUUUGGCAUUUUGGAUAAUUGGAUAUGCAUUGGCUUACGGUGAAGGAAGUUCAUUUGCCGGAAAUUCAUUUUGGGGAAGUUUUCAAAUGCCAGCAAAUAAAUUUCCUCAUUGGUUUUUUCAAUUUGUUUUUGCUGCAACGGCUGCGACAUUGGUUUCGGGUGCAGCUGCGGAAAGAUGUAAUUUUGUAGCUUACCUUAUUUAUAGUGCUCUCAUAUCAGGUUUGAUAUAUCCUAUUGCCGCUCAUUGGGUAUGGGCUCCCUCCGGAUGGCUGUUAAAUCUUGGAUAUUAUGAUUUUGCUGGAAGUGGUCCGGUACAUCUUUUAGGAGGAGCAUGCGCUGGAGUUGCAGCUGCUCUUUUAGGUCCAAGAAUCGGUCGCUUUGAAGGAGAAAGUAUGCCAGGACAUUCUAUUCCACUUAUAGGAAUAGGCGGAAUGAUACUCAUAACAGGAUUUAUUGCUUUUAAUGGAGGAUCUCUUGGCACCAUGACAUCACCCGGAGCAGGUAAUACUAUUUCAAUUGUGGCUGCAAACACAAUAAUGGCAGGAUCCGGAGGUGCUUUUUUAGGAUUCGUUUCGGCUAAACUAGGAAUAAUUAAACCUAAAUCCUGGAAUUUCAGUUCAACAUUAAAUGCAGCAUUUACUGGAAUGGUAUCCAUAUGCGCAUCAGCAGACGAUUUAAACUUUUUAAGUUCGUUUAUAAUGGGAAUUAUAGGAGGUUUGAUUUACUACGGUUUUCAUUUUUUGAUGCUCCAUUUAAAAAUUGAUGACCCCCUCGAUGCAACAGCUGUUCAUUUUGGUGGAGGCGUUUGGGGCGUUGUCGCAGGGCCAAUAUUUAAAUCAAACGGAUUAUUAUACAUAGCAAACAAAAAAAACUUGAUGAAUUUUACAUACAACAUUAUUGGGGCUUUAGCCAUAUUUUUUUGGGCGCUAAUAACUUCCUUAAUACUUUUUGGCACUAUGAAAUAUUUUAAUAUAUUACGAGUAAGCAAAAAAGAAGAAAUUGAAGGAUUAGACAUAACUAAACAUAAAGAACAAGCUUAUCGUAUUAUGGAGGGAUGGCAUUCGUCUAACAAUUAUUUCAUGCAAACUGGCACAAAUAAUUUUAAAACGUUAAACACGGUUCAAAAUUACACCAACGAAGGUUUUCAGUUGGAACAUUUAUGA